GUUACAGUCAGCGCCCGCUCACGUCUUCGCCUCUCCACCACCUUAUUAACCCUCAUCAACCGCGAAACUCACCAGCAUCAUGAGUCGGAAUCUAUUUCCCGCGGUCUUGGCCAUCGGUCUGGGGGUGUGGACGGGAUUCCAUACCUUCCAGCCGGCCUUCCAGGAAGCGCAAGAAGCGAAAGAUAGAGAGUCGGUGAGGACGCAACAUGCGGAGCCGUCGCAAGGUCAGAAGACCGAUCAUGACCAGCCUUCUAAGCCUACUUCGAAUGGGGAGACAGGCAAGCCGUCGGUAUAGAUGAGGUAGGCAGACCAUGGAAAGGACUAGAUAUGGGUUCAGGGAUGCGAAUGGCUUGCGUUCGCCAGGGUGCCGAUGGCCGGACUCGGACGAGGCUUAUAGGAAGCGCUCGUCUUUGGGGUCGAAUACCGGUUGAGCACCGCGGAGUUGGUGGGAUGCAGCAAGCAGUAUACAGGCAGCCAAAGGCUACGCUGAUAACCCCUGGGGUAGCUGCAGACUUGAAACCCCCGAACUAUAAGUGCGACUCGACUACAUAUAGAACCCUCGUCAUAUUGCACAUACAAUCAACCAGCUCCUAGCCCGCGCCAGUGAGCGGCAAAUGAAGUAUGACGGAAAUCUACAUCUUGGCCGGCAAGCACUGAAAAUGCAAUAAGAUAUUUAAC